CUCGUUUUUGACCUAACUUGUCAGCUAAAAGUACUUCAAAUCCAAAUCCAUGCGAGUUUUUUCCAUGGAGGAACAGCGUAAAUAAGAGCUAUGGAUGUCCAAAGACUGCUAGAGGAGGUCGAUGUCGUCAAUUGGACUGACUACUCUGCGUCAGCUACCAACAUCUCUCUGGCAGGACUAGAGAACGAGACCUUAAGAUGGACAGACCCAGCGCUCAUGUUGGAGGCUGUUGUCUUAUCGCUAGUCGUGGUGCUCACAGUCCUGGGGAAUCUCCUGGUGAUACUAGCUGUAUGGCAUACUCCAGCUCUGCGAACCCCCACUCAUCUACUCAUCGUCAACUUAGCCACUGCAGACUUCCUCCUUGGUGCCACUGUCUUGCCGUUGUCAGCUACUAAAGAACUAUACCAAGGUAGGUGGAUCUUCGGGCCGGUGGUGUGUUCUGUUUGGACCACGUUAGACGUGCUGUGUUGCACAGCGUCCAUCCUUUCUCUCUGUGGUAUCUCCGUGGACCGCUACGUCGGAGUGUCCCGACCACUCUCAUACUCUCGCAUCAUCAGCAAACGUCGAGUGUAUAGCCUCAUCGCCGGCAUCUGGGCCCUCGCCCUCGCCAUCAGCAUCGCACCGCCUCUAGGAUGGAGGGACGAGUUGAUGCAGCCCUGGGAGUGUCAUGUUAACAAACAGCUGAGCUACGUGAUAUUCUCCGCGUGUGGUUCGUUCUAUCUGCCAGCCCUCGUGAUUCUGGUCCUCUACACCCUGGUCUACCGAGCCGCAGCCCGCCACUCUCGUCUGCUCUACUCCGGCAGCCGUGUCACCCGGUCUGACGUAACACUGCGGGUACACGUAGGCAAUUCCCGCCCUCGGGCUAGCCUACACACCAUCACGUAUACAGGAGACGUUAUACACAAGGAUCCGUACUACUCGACGUCACCGUCGGGUCUGGGAUCCUGCAGCAACUCUCACACUCCCAACGGCACGCUGGACAGGAAGUCGAUGCUGCAGAGAGGGAGUGACGCUUCCAGGAUCCUCAUACCCGGACUUGACGGUCGUGUUGUCAAAUUCCAACGAGAAAAGAAAGCAGCAAAGUCCCUCGCUAUUGUCGUCGGUGGAUUUUUCCUUUGUUGGCUUCCUUUCUUCAUCAUUCUUCCACUCGACGCAGCUUGCUCUUCAUGUCACCUGUCCGGUCUACCGUUCACCUUGGCGUUCUGGCUCGGCUACUUCAACAGCUGUCUGAACCCCUUCAUCUACGCCUGCUCAUCUCGCGAGCUACGUCGAGCCUUCGUGAGACUCGUGUGUCCGUUCCGUCGUGACUACCUACGUCAUCGCCACAGCAAUGUCAACCUCACUUACACCAGCACGUCGUCGCUGAAGCGGGUAUGAGUGGACCCUUGGCUCGGCCCUCCUACCAGGGUGCGACUAGACCCUGCCCCCGUCAUCAGGGUGUCGCCCCCUCGAGUCCGUCCACAGACCACCAAGGCUUCCACCCUCUGAUGUCAAGUCACCAAUGUCACGUUUGUUGUGGACAAUUUCAUUUUAACAGACUUACUAAAAAAAUGCCAUUACUUAUGUUUUAUUGUAACAUAAUGGUUAUUAUUGUUCUAAAGUUGAAUUUAUAUUUAACCUUGUAGUCUCAACAAAGAUAUACAAUUAUUUUUUUAAAUGUUAGUUUAAAGAAUCUAUCCAUUUAAAAGAUGAAAUGAUAUUUUCACCGAAGUACCUGUGUCAUAAAACAAUAGGGAAUACUCUCACGUUGUAGAGUGUGUACUGUAUUUGAGUUUUGUUACUAUCCAUCAAUCCAUGAUACUGUCGUUAACUGUAUUUUUGGACACUUUGUGCCCUGUUACAGACGUAAUUGAAUAAACCACGUAAACUUUAUUAUCGUUCGUAAUAUUUGUAUAUAAUGUACAAAGUAUGGACAUUGUACAAUACAGCGUAUGGAUUGCAAUAUCAUAUUUACACUACUCUUGUAAAGUAUUUAUAUAUUUAAUUCCGUAAUGUAUAUAUUUAACUCCGUAAGCGAUUCGGUCCCCACGAAAUAUCUCGAGCUAGGAAAAAGGUAGCAUGGCUGUUGAGGAUUCACUUUAAAGCUUAAGGUCCAAGGACGGUGGGAAAGUGUAAAAAAUUCCCCUGCUCUGCCCACAGGCCGUCAAAGAUCCAGUCAUUUUCUUAUAGAACCAUAGGCUAUUUUAAAUAUACCAG